UCGGCUUACUAAAUCGGCGUUAAAUGCAAAGUGAAAUAUAACCUAAAACUGCUAACAAACGAUCGUCCUCCUUUGUAAUGAGUUUUAUUUGAUUUUAAAAGAUUUGAGUUAACAAUUUUAUAUAAAUUCAUGAUUUAUAAUUCUGUUAAAUAAAUUAUUUAUAAUUAUUUAUUCUAUGUAUUUAUUUUUACAAUAAAUAUAACGGGGACGAUCAAAAUUAAAUAUGGAAGUUGUACGUACAAACUUUCAAGAUGUUAUGGAAGAAUUGGACAAGGUUUUAGAAGAUGCCUCAUUUUUGUGCAUUGACACAGAAUUUACUGGUUUAAAUCAAGGACCUGACAGUACACCGUUCGAUACACCUGCACAGUAUUACAGUAAACUUAGAUCGGGUUCAAUGAACUUUCUACUGGUACAAUUUGGACUUUCAGUUUUCACAUUUGACGAUAUUACGAAGAAAUAUAAUCAACGAUCUUAUAAUUUUUAUGCAUUUCCACAUCCUCUUAAUCGUGGAGCACCUGAUUGUCGAUUUAUUUGCCAAGCAUCAAGUAUAUCAUUCUUAGCGAGUCAGGGUUUUGAUUUUAAUAAAUUAUUUAAUUCGGGAAUUCCUUUUCUCACGAAAAAUGAAGAGGAAAGAUUACAAAAGAAAAUGGAGGAAAAGCAAAGGAUUCGCGAAGAGGGUCAAGAAAUAAUACCUAUUCCCGAUAGUGAUAAACAAACUAUUGAAGAAAUUCUUUCGAAAAUUGAAGAAUUCAUUAAUUCAGACGCCGACAAACUUUCGAUAGAUAGAUGUAAUGCCUUUAUCAGAAGGCUAGUUUAUCAAGAGGUGAAGAUGAAAUGGCGAAAGAAAGUUAAUUUAGAUUUUAAGGCAGAGGGACCAAAUCAAAUUUUGGUAGUGACAAAAGUUGGAACAAAAGAGGAGGAAGAGAAAAAAGAGGCCGAACGAAAAGAAAAGGAACAAUUAGAAAUGAAAGAUGCUAUUGGUUUAAGUGCAUUGUUAAAGAAAAUUUCUAAUUCGGGAAAAUUGAUUGUUGGACACAAUAUGUUACUGGAUCUUUGUCAUAUUAUUCGACAAUUCUUUAAUCCAUUACCCGAAACAUAUUCGGAAUUUAAAGCACUCGUUCAUGGCUUAUUUCCAAAAAUAAUAGAUACAAAAAUAAUAAGCCAAUCAGCACAAUUGAAGGACAAAGUUCCUUUAACAAAUUUGCAGUAUCUUUUAGAUACUUGCAGUAAAGAACCAUUUUCACUUCCGGACGUUAUUCCUGUAAAAGAUCGCAGUUAUUCAAUAACAACGGAAAAAUGUCACGAAGCUGGUUAUGAUGCAUUCAUGACUGGAAUGUGCUUUAUCGCUAUGAAAAAUUAUCUUGGGUCCCUAGAAUCUCCAUCAGUGGAUAUUGUUCUUCCUGACUCACCUUUAUUAAAUUCGUUUCUCAACAAACUCAUUAUCGUUAGACUGAAGGAUGUACCCCACAUUAACUUAGUGGGAAAUGAUCCCUCGCCCAGCAGAGAACAUGUAUUUUAUAUAACAUUUCCACGUGAAUGGAAGGGAAAUGAUAUAUCAAAAUUAUUUACAGCUUAUGGCGGUGUUUUUGUAUCAUGGCUAUCCGAUACAUCGGCUUUUGUCAGUUUAUAUAAACGAGAUCAAGUUAAAAAUGUUCUCAAAAAAGUGAAGAAUACAAAAUUUUUUACAAUUAAAAAAUUUGCCGAUCAUCAAAAGUCAAUAGAGCCAUUUGAUCAAGGACUUAAAUUGCGAAAACGAAAAUUGGAAUCGUCUGAGAGUAAACUUAGAUUUAUAUGAACACAUGUUGGUUUGUGAGCAAAAAUAUUCAAAAGGAGAGAAGAUUUAUUUAUUUUAUUUUAUUUUUUUCGAUUUCAAAUGUGAAUGAAGCGCAGCGCGUGCAAGCUGCCUUCAGUCCCGACAGUCAUGAUUCAAACGUUAAAGCGAAAUACAGUACUAUGCAAAUUAGCGUUGUGUCGCAUACGAUAGUGUGUACCUGCAAUUCCAAUGUUUAUUCCUAUCUAUAUUUGGAGUAUGGAUUACAAGACAUUGAGAGAGAAUGAAAGAAAGCCCAUUGGGGGAGAGAGAGACAGUGUUUCCUGAACAUCACGAGACACUAUCAACCUUUUGUAUAUAUAUAUAUAUAUAGGGAAAAAUCACUUGUUUCUCUUUAUGUAUAGAAGUUCAUAAACUUUACAAGAAAUAAAAGAAAAAGAAUAAAAAAAAAAACGAUGGACAAUGUUCUUGAAAGAUAUAAGAAAAUAUAUAUACCUAAUUCAGAAUUAAAUGUGGAAAAUGAAAUUAAUUUAUUUUAUUUAUCUUCGAAAAAAAAAAUGGGCGCAUAAUUGUAAAGAAAUAUAAAAAAUAAAAUAUUUUAUAAUUUAUAACAUCAAAAAGUGAUUUGGAUUUUUUUUUAAUUAUAAACAAAAUGGGGUCGAUUUUUUUUUUAAUUGAAGAAACAAAUUUUAUUUUCAAGAAUAUUUUGCUUCCUCAUAGAAAAUGAUUGUAUUUUAUUCUGUAUAAUUAUUUUAAUAAAAUUAAUAAUUUAAUGAAAUAGUCUAAUUUAAUGAAAAUAUAAAACAAGAUCUGAAACUAAUUGGAAAAUAUAAUUAAAAAUAGAGUAAUUUUUAUUCUUUUUUUUCUCAGUUGUUGAGAAAUGAGAAAAAAAUUAAUGACGAUGAUGUAAUAUUAUUAAAAAAAAAAAAAAAAAAAAAUGAAGCUUCUCCCACAGGAACAGGUAUCAAGGGGAAGAAAGCGGUGGUGGAUUUCCAUGCAUAAUGCGAAUAGACGUUUGCGUACACCUUUUCUCUUCCUUUUGAUACACAGCUGCAUCUUAUGGCAACGCCCUCGGGAUUGCAC